CCCGGGCCAGUGGUGACCACCCUCUCUGGCCGACUCAAGGGUCGCUACUUCGGCACCAGGAAUGGAAGAACAGUCAUGGCCUUCUUAAGCAUUCCUUUUGCCAAACCUCCUCUAGGACCACUCAGGUUUGAGCCUCCACAGCCCAUAGAUCCGUGGCCCAACGAGCGGCUGGCAGUGCUUCAGCCUAGAACAUGUCCUCAGAUAUUAGAUCCUACUAGUUCAGAGGACUGUCUGUAUCUCAACAUCUACACACCUGACAAAGACACAAAACCACUUCUACCCGUGAUUGUGUUUUACUUCGGAGGCGCUCUAGAGAUCGGCGGAAUCUAUGGCUAUACGCCGGAGUUUUUGCUGGAUGAGGACAUCAUCUUGGUGUUAGUGCAGUAUCGGCUUGGACUUUUCGGAUUCUUGUCGACCGGAGACACCGUGGUCCCCGGCAACAUGGGAUUUAAGGACAUGCGGCUGGGUCUACGAUGGGUGAAGGACAACAUCCGCUACUUCGGCGGCGACCCAGAGAAGAUCACCAUCGCCGGGGAGAGCGCUGGCUCUGUGGGAGUCCAUUACCUCAUGACGUUCUCUGCACACGAGGGCUUGUUCAGAGCAGGCAUCAGUCAGAGCGGCACAGCACUGUUUAGCUGGGCGUUCCAUCCCCCGGAGGAGAUCCGCAAGAUGGUCGUCGCACUCGCCGUGCUAUCAGGCUGUCCUUCCGACACCCAGGGAUUGGUCGCUUGUCUCAGGGAGAAACCUGCCGCGGAUCUGGUCCUUCUGUACACUGGACUAUACAAGACUUUCAUGUACUUCGACUUUGAGUUCUUCGUGACGGAGGUUAUUCCUCUGAUAGGAGGUGUGAUAGAGCCGGAGUGUGUAGAGGACAGACUAAUUACUGGUAAUCCUUGGGAUUUCAACACUACAACACCUUGGCUGGUGGGCGUUAACAGCAAGGAGGCCCUCAUCGCCUUUACAGUGGAGGAGAACGACAAGACAGACAUUGGCUUCUUCUACAUCAACUCUCUGUACGACUUUUAUUUCCCCUUCGCCGUCAACUACGUCAACAGCAAAGCUAACGGAACCGCGGUUGGGUUUGCGGCGAGGGACUUCUACCUACACAACCUACCCAUCAGUCGCCUGACACUGCCUGAGUUUAUAGAUUUAUCAUCAGAUGCCAUUUUCAUCUAUCCUACCUACGAAGCUGUGAAGAGAGCCAACAAAGAACAGACUUACGUCUACAUAUUUGAUCACGUGGGACCAUACGAAUACUUCCCGGUACCACCAGAUACGCGCAUUGGUGCGGCCCACGCGGAUGAUCUGUUCUACUUCUUCCCGCACCCUGCUAUUCCCUUCCCUACUGUCGUGCCCGAGAACGACCCCCUGCCUAACGAACAGGAGCUCUCGAAGACACUGGUUAGGAUGUACGCCAACUUUGCUACAUGCCUAAAUCCUACGCCAAUGAAAACUUGCGAGAUCCAGUGGAAGCCGUUUUUCCCAAACGAGACAUAUCUUCACAUCAAACAAUUCGGCUUUGAGAUGAAACAGCCUUUCUUACCAGAACGAAUGGAGUUCUGGAGCUCUCAUGAAUACCCAUAUAGAAAUGACAACUAUGCUGUGCGUUUUGAAACUACAGCUCUAUCCCAUCAUAGCGCCCUGAACCAAGAACAGCCGUCGCAGUCGGGUGAUAGUGGUGAGUGUGUGGAGAUACCACAACAGUCAGUGAUGAUGUACCGGUGUUCUAGCACCCUAGUGGUGCUGCUAUGUGGCAUGUGGGGGGCGUCUGCCUUCUUCGCCAUGGACUCGCCCCGAGUGGAGGUCGCAGGAGGGAAACUCAGAGGCAAGUUUGUGCUUACCAAGGAGAACAAGCGGAUCAGGGCCUUCAUGGGGAUACCGUACGCGAAACCGCCUGUCGCGGAGUUAAGAUUCAAGAGCCCGGAGCCGUCUGAGCCAUGGGAGGGUGAGCGGUGGGCGUUGGACAUCCCCUCACCAUGUAUACAGGCGGAACGCAGACAUGGGGAGCCCAUCGGCAAGGAGGACUGCCUGUACCUCAACGUUUUCACUCCGGAGAGCGUGGAGAAGCGCAUAAUGGCGCACAUGAAUCUAACGGUAUCAAAGAACUCAACAAAUUCAAACACUACAAGCGUGGAGUCUGCAAAAGCCACUCUAAAAAGUAAAAAAGACAACGAGACCAUGAGCAACGACAUUCUCGAUAAUACCGUGAAUGGGGCUGUCCUAGCUGGUGCAAAUACGACGGUAGCUUCUGGCAACGCUACAGUGGGAAAUGUCACUGUAGGUAACGCUACAGCAAACAACGCUACUCUUGGAAACUCAACCACCAACGGCAACGGAACAAACAAAGAGCCUGCUCCCAGGAUGUGCCUCCCUGUGAUGGUGUUCUUCCACGGAGGAGGAUUCGAGACAGGAUCAUCAGGACCAUUCACUCACGAGUACCUCCUGGACGCGGACAUCAUCCUGGUCACUGUACAGUACCGUCUGGGACUUCUAGGAUUCCUGUCAACCGGAGACACGGUGUUGCCUGGAAACCUCGGGUUGAAGGACCAGCGGUUGGCGCUCCAGUGGGUCAGAGAGAACAUAGAGAAGUUCGGAGGAUGCCCAGACCAGGUGACCAUAGUAGGUGACGGCGCAGGCGGAGCCAGCGUCCACUACCACGUGCUCUUCGCACAACCCAAGAACGAAUCAUUCCGUGCUGGUAUAUCCAUGAGUGGCACGGCUCUGUCACCGUGGGCGUUCAGACCCCCCUCAGAGGUGGCGCACAUGGUGGACAGCCUCGCCAGAAUCACUCACUGUCCCAGGGAGUCGGAGGAGUUCGCGGCCUGCAUGUGGAACAUGAGGGCUGAGGACUUUGUCGUGGUCCUUCAGAAAUACAAGAACGAGACCCUGGGAGGGUGUGGGGAGUGGGCGCUGUCUCUACCAGUGGUGGGAGGUGUCUUGGAGGACUGCAGAGUAGAGGAUGCGUUUAUCACCGCCAACCCCUGGGACAAGAAAGUCAACAUGCCUUGGAUGGUGGGAGUCACCGGCAAGGAGAUGCUUUACGAGUUUACAGAACAAUUGGUAGACCGAAGGGACAAAGCCUUCCCUCGUUUGGAAAAGUGUUUCAACGAAAGUCUUCCCAACGCGUUGGGUUACAGCUUCAGCAACGCUAGUACAAACACGCUCGUAGAGAACAUCCGAAAAUUCUACUUCAAAGAUGAGCCCAUCAGCAGAGAUAUAUUCGCCGAUAUAGUGGAGGCCGUGUCGGACGGAUCGGUGGUUUAUCCCACGUUUGAGGCGGUCCGCAGAGCUGCUAGGAAGUCUACAUGGCUUUAUCACUUCAACUACAUCGGCAGUAACACCUACGGGGCUUCGGCACUGGAUGGCCGCAUUGCACCUGGUAGAGGAGAUGAUCUAUUCUACUUUUUCCCUCGUCCACUUGGCAAGAAUGUUCCGAGGAAAACAAAGGAACCAGACAUGGUGAUUUCUAAGAAACUGGUCACACUUUGGACAAACUUUGUUAUUCAUCUUGACCCGACGCCGACGGUGACGCCGGACGGUGUGAAGUGGGUGUCUGUAGCUCCCAGCACUACCUUCCUCAACAUUGGCCAGUCCGUCAUGGUCGUCGAAAGACCCUUCUACUCCUAUAGGAUGAACUUUUGGUCAAUGGAGGACUUCCCUCAUCGCGACGACGUUUACGGCAAUGGAUUGUGUUUGAUGACGGAUGAGCCGGAACCACAAGCAACCACAGACGAGGAGACACCUUUGGUCCUGCCGAAUGACUUUUACCCAGCUCUGAAAUGGACUCUCAAAAACGGUCCUAUUCCUCAGGUAGACAUGGACAAGGAAUCUGGAGACAACCAGGGACAGAAGGAAAACAUAACGGUCGUGGUGACGACGACGACCACCACUCCCAAACCCACGCUGGUCCCAGAGGUAUACACAGACAGCUUCUAUCCCGCGCUGAGGUGGACCCUCAAGGCAGGAUCAGGGUGGAGACCCUUGGUAGACAACGUAGGAGACCUCAGCAACAACGAGGUGGUCACCGUCAUCGACGAUCCUAUCGAGGCACCCCAGGAGACUGAGGUAGAGGAAGUAACCGAAGAACAGCAGGAUGACAAUGUCACCGAAGUGCCAGACGAUUUCGAUGUCAACUUUUACCCUGCUUUGAGAUGGACACUCAAGCAAGGAUGGAGACCCUUGGUAGACACGGUAGGAUCUUUGAGUGAGACGGAAGCUACCACGCAGGUGGACGAUGACGUCACUGUGGAAGAGAAUGUAGAUGACAUCACUGAGGACGCAGAAGAUGACGAAGUCGAAGAAGUCCCAAGAGUAAUGGACCUCCGGGAUGGUUAGACGUAACAGGCCAUUAAGUAUGUUUACCAAUCUUACCGUUAUAACUUAAAUUAUGUAAAUUAUGUUUUAAAUAUACUCUAGUUACUAACAAAUGUAUAACAAUAUGUAAUCCUUAACUUACCUCUUAAAUUGAGGCUGAUUAUUGCGAUGAAGUGUUGCAUGAAUAAAACCUUUUACAAUAGUCUCUGCAAAGCUAAGCUAUUUUUCUUAAACCACAGAC